GCAUUUUGUUUUAACUAGACGUUAAAUCCACGUGACAUAAAUAAUUUAUUUUUCAUGUCUUUUCAGGCCACCAAAAUUACCAAUUACUUUCCCACAUAAGCAUUUUUAGUUUUUCUGAGAAUUCUUUUACUUCAUUGUUUUGAAUCAACUCGUUGAUGUACAAAAACUUUAAAAGCGAUCUGAAGUUCAUUUAUGAGCAGCGCGCAACAUGGCUUAUCAUGGAAUCGGAACGCAAAUGGAGGUGAUGACACAUCAACCAGCCCUCACUGAAACAUUCGCACCACAACCUUUAAUAACUUACCCUGAACGCGAGUCAAGAACAUCAGGUGGUCUUUUCUCCAUGCUUGGUGCAUGCAUCGUGUUUAUAUUAGUCAUCAUAUUCUUCUUCCCGUUCGGUUGUAUUGGUUUCAUGUUCUAUCCAUGUUGCAGUCUGAAAGGAAGAGGAAAGUUUUUAGGAAUAUUGCGAUCGUGUUUCCAACAGUGUUGCUGUUGAUGUGAUUGCGUUUCACCUUUAACACUUUACCAAGCUAUGUUGCGAUAUGAAGAAGAUCCGUUAAUGUCUUCACAGGACCUUAUAACAUCUGUGAGAAAAAACAAAUUCAUGAUUGCCAUCUUAGAAACGCUGACUACGCAACUUCCAAGCUUUUUUUUCACUUUUUUACCAUCUGGUAGUUUGAGAGAGAAAUUUGGGAAACUAUUGCCGUCUUCAAGUGUAUUGGCUUCUGAUUAUGAUAUUAUGCUCAUUCCCGAUGCAGUGACUGUGGGUAAAAAUGGAGUAUCAGGUGAAUCUCCGUCACCAGUUUUUCGUGCCCUACGAGCGCCAGAAGAACAUUCUGAGGGAUACCUGUGGUUAAAGUUGGAAGAUAAAUACCUUUUGCAAUGGGAGAAACAUUGUUUGCGGCGGCAUAUUGACGGUGAAGGGUGCAGUUUAUUAUCCAGUACAAAUAUUCACGAAGUUAUCUCUCAUGUUUUAAGUAAUUCAAAGGAAAUUACGUCAGCAGUGGAACAACGGUAUUGCGCGUUAGGGAAAGAUACAAGAGUGACGUUGGAACGAUCGGGUCCGGCGAUGACGUUAAAAGUCGGUACUUUGACAAAGAAUAAAUUAAUGCUCUGUGGGUGUACGUGCAGUUCAGAAGUAAGAGAAAGGUUGCUGUUUCAUGCUGAUUUUACACUGGCACUUCAUUGUUCGUACUGGCCAUCAGAGGCAAUGGACUUUUUCGACAACAAUCGAAGACGGAAUUGGCCUCCUCAGGAAGCAGUAGAGACAAUUCGCCGAUUAGGCAUUCAUGUCGUACCAAAGCAAUCGACCAACGAGCUGGUGAAGCUAACAUUAGAGCAAGCAGAGUAUACAACAUAUGGAAGAAGUCCAGGUCUGGAAUGGAGAUAUUCAUUCAGUCAAGCUGAAAUUAUUUUGUCUGAUCACAUGCCGCAUCAGGCUCGAACAGCAUACCUUGCUUUCAAAGCUAUAAAUAAACGCCAUUUGAAUCGAAAAGGACGACCAAUGGGAAGUUAUGUGCUAAAGUGCAUCUUGUUUUCAGUGGUGGAAAAGAAAAGAAUUGAAUUCUGGGAUGGAAACAAUGAAGAAAUCACUACAGAAGUACUAAUGGAUAUGUUGAAUCUUUUAAAAAUGUACUUCGAACAACAAAGAUGUCCAAAUUAUUGGCUUCCACGUCAAUGCUUAUUUGCUGGCUCGUUAACCGGAAGCGAUAUUAUCAGAAAAGAGCGAUUACUCGCUGAAAUAUUAGAAUCACCGAAGGAAUACAUAGCUGAUCAGUGGUUAGAGUACACAAGAUGUCUACGAGUCAAUUGUUGUUAUUGUGGUUCAACUGGAUGGAUUCCUCAAUUUAUCGAAUCCGGUGAAGUAGGUGAUAUGCCAAUGGAGCAUGCAAAUUUUUGUUGCUCGUGCAACUAUAAAUAUAAGGAUCGUGGCCCACUUUGCGGUGAUGUUUGUGACGCAGGACAAGAUUUGAUGGUGUACUAAAUAUUUCACAGUCUAAACAAUUUAGGAUUAAAAUAGGCUUGGAAGACUAAAAGACAAACCAAUGCCAAAACCUUUAUAGUUUCUUGUGGCAGAAGACAUUUUUGUCGACCUGAUAAAGUUGACUAGAUUUUUACUGUGUUAUAGGGGUC